CGCCCAGCUCUUUCCCUCGCGCCGCGAACGGUUUCCCUCUCAGGGCCCGGGCGGCGCCAGGUGACAGCAUCCGGCGGCGCCCUGGGGAAGGAACCAAGUGCCUGGAAGCCGGAGGGGUGUGCGCGCGCCCUGGGAUAGCGGGAGCUUCAGGGCUGGAAUAGGGGGCAUCUAUUGCCCCCACAAUGGCUUCUGAUGUUGGAGAUGCCCAAAUAUUGGAACCCUCUUCUGUGUCGCCUUUGGAGACUCGCGCACCCACGAGGAAGACUAAGAAGAAGGGAGGGUUGCCAGACGCCAAACGGAAAGGGCGGGCCAAGCGGUUGAACAAAGAUGCGGAGGAUCUGCUCUCAAGCAUGCAGCGAUUGGAUCUCACCACAGAAUGUGCUGCACCAGUAGGGACCGGCCUGGUUUGGGAUGAACGGAUGACACAGUUUCGCUGCACAUGGGAUGAAAGUUUCCCAGAGUGUCCAGAGCGGCUGGUGGCCAUACGAGACAAAUUGCUGCAAUGUGGACUGCUGGAACGUUGCAUCCCAGUUGAGGCGCAAGAAAUUUCUGAGGAAGAAAUCCUCUUGGCUCACAGCCCCGAGUACUUGGCCCUGAUGAAAUCUACGGAAACCAUGAGUGAGGCUGAGCUGAGAUCUCUGUCGGACACAUAUGAUUCUGUCUAUCUGCACCCAAAUUCCUACCGCUGUGCCUGCCUUGCUGCUGGUUCUGUCCUGCAACUUGUGGAGAAGGUGCUGGCCGGGAAGCUGCGUAACGGCCUGGCUCUGGUCAGGCCACCUGGACACCACGCUCAACAUGACAAGAUGGAUGGCUACUGCAUGUUCAACAAUGUAGGCAUCGCAGCCCAAUAUGCGCGGCAAAAAUUGGGAGUGGAGCGGGUGCUUAUUGUUGACUGGGAUGUGCAUCAUGGACAAGGCACCCAGUACCUCUUUGAGGACAAUCCCAGCAUCCUCUAUUUCUCCAUCCAUCGUUAUGAAGGGGGCAGCUUCUGGCCCCACCUUUUAGACUCUGACAGUCAUGCUGUGGGCAGAGGUCGGGGAGAGGGCUACAACAUCAACCUGCCCUGGAACCAGAUAGGAAUGCGGGAUGCUGACUACCUCUCUGCCUUUUUGCAUAUCCUGCUGCCUGUGGCCUUGGAGUUUCAGCCCCAGUUGGUCCUGGUUGCUGCUGGUUUUGACUCUGUAAUCGGUGACCCCAAGGGGGAGAUGUCAGCCACGCCAGCAUGUUUUGCUCAUCUGACACAUCUGCUGAUGCCGCUGUCUGGAGGCAAGCUGGUUCUGUCUCUGGAGGGUGGCUACAAUCUCCAGUCCCUGGCAGAGGGAACCUGCGCAGUCCUCAAGGCUCUUUUAGGAGACCCCUGUCCUCUGCUGGAGUCUCCUCUUACCCCGUGUACCAGUGCCCUCUGCUCCAUUUCCCAGACCCUUGCAGUUCACAGCAAGUACUGGAAGAACCUCCGGAGAACCAGUACUGAUGUGCCUCGGGAGAAUGGAGGAGAGGCAGGCAUAGUUUUGCCACCACCCUUGCCAGCAGCCGAGAUCCUUUCCAAGUCAGCGGCUGAGCUGAUGCUACCCCGGCCCCCUUCCUGCACUGGACUGGUCUAUGAUGAGAAGAUGACGGAGCAUUACAACAUGUGGGACAGUCAGCAUCCAGAGCUGCCUCAGAGAGUCUCCCGGAUCUUCCAGCGCCACGGGGAGCUUCGCCUGACGGAAAGGUGCUGCCGGCUCCCGGCCCGGCUCGCCUCUGAAGAGGAGCUGCGGAUGUGCCACAGCCUGGCCUAUGUGGAGACGGUGAAGUCGACGGCGGCCAUGAAGCCCCGUGACCUGCAUCGCCAGGGCGACCAGUACAAUUCCAUCUUCAUCUGCGCCAGCUCCUAUGAGUGCGCUCGGCUGGCGGCUGGUUCCGCGUUCAGUGCGGUAGAGGCUGUGCUCUCUGGGCAGGUCCAAAAUGCUGUGGCCAUUGUCCGUCCCCCUGGGCACCACGCUGAAUCAGACACCGCCUGUGGCUUCUGCUUCUUCAACUCUGUGGCCUUGGCAGCACGAUAUGCACAGCGCCUUGCUGGACGACCUAUGAGGGUGAUGAUACUAGACUGGGAUGUUCACCAUGGCAAUGGGACACAGCACAUGUUUGAAGAUGAUCCCAGUGUCCUGUAUGUCUCCCUCCAUCGUUAUGACAAUGGAACUUUCUUCCCCACCUCCGAGGACGCAGACUAUGAUCGUGUGGGCCUGGGGCCUGGGGAGGGCUUCACCCUUAACGUGCCUUGGAACUGUCCCCGCAUGGGGGACCCUGAGUACCUGGCUGCCUUCCAUCAGAUAGUCAUGCCUGUCAGCUAUGAGUUUAAUCCAGAGCUGGUCCUGGUUUCUGCCGGCUUUGACGCUGCUCGAGGGGACCCGCUGGGCGGAUGCCUCGUGACACCAGAAUGCUACGCACACAUGACCCAUCUGCUCCUGGGUUUGGCCGGAGGCAAGGUGGUAGUUGUCUUGGAGGGCGGCUACAACCUAGAAUCGAUCUCGGAAUCCAUGACCAUGUGCACACGCAGCCUCCUGGGGGACCCUCUCCCCCCGCUGGGACGCCUCAAGGCCCCCCACCCCAGCGCCCUGCAGUCUUUGGCCAAUGCAGCCACUGUGCACCGCAAGUACUGGGCAAGCCUCCGACUGGAAGUGCCUGCUCCUCUGUGGGAGAAGCCCAGGACUCGAGCUGGGAAAGGAACUCCCAUUCCAGAUAAAAUCCCUCCGGAGGCCCCCCAGGAGCUGCUUCAGAGCCCCAGUACUCAACCUGUGAAUACCUUGAAUGAUGCCAUUUUGGCUCUGAGCUCCCUCCAGCUGGAAGACCGUCUUGCUGAGGAGGCCGAGACAGCUUCCAGUUCCCUCUCUCCCGAUUCCAGUCCGGUGGGCGAAGAGGCUGGGCACAAGGUUGGGGCCUCCCCUGGAGAAGCUGAGCCAGCGGUGGAUACCCAGAAGGAAAGCAUGUCGACGGGAAGUUCCACAGGUGGAGCGGAGUCUCCUGGCAAAGAGGCAGAGGUAAGCCCACCGGCUGUACCCCCAAUGCAAGUGGAGGUUGUUCUGCUUGACGAAGCUGCAGGUGGCUGCUCUUCCUCCUGUGAGCCGCUUGAAGAAGACCUGGUAGAUGAAGGGCUGUUUUAUGCUGUGACUCCCUUGCAAUGGUGCCCCCACCUUGACUCGGUGCUCCCUGUGCCUUCCGUUGGCUUGAAUGUGCUGGAGCCCUGUGCAGAAUGUGGCAGCGUGGCAGAGAAUUGGGUCUGUCUCAUUUGCUACAAGGUUUGCUGUGGCCGCUACAUUAAGCAACACAUGGUAGCUCACAACUCAGAAUCUGGGCAUCCGCUGGUUCUUAGCUUUGCAGACCUCUCUGUCUGGUGCUAUGGAUGCCAAGCCUAUGUCCACCACCCGUAUUGUUCCUUUGGGCUUCUCCCCUCUCCCAGAUUCUCUUUGAAGCCAAGAGACAGGCUCACCUGCUGAAGUUUGGCGUGGACGUGGCAGUACCUUCCUAAAGCAACUCCCUUUGUAAGGAGCAGCUAAUACAGAAUGCAGCACAAUCUA